AUGGCCCUCGAAUCCUUACCAGCUGAACUCCGCAUCCAAAUCCUCGAAGAGAUACCGGAUAUUUCUUCCCUCCACAGCCUCGUUGAGGCCUCGCCCGCCUUCCGCACGACAUACCUCCGCACCCGAAAGACCAUCCUCCACCAACUCUCCACGCGACAAUAUGGCUUGGUGGAUUUAGCAGAGCCGCUGGCUGCCGUAGACUCCGAAGGCCUUCAUGCCGAAGCUCCGGGGACUAAAGAGGCCAUCAUCGCCUUGCUGGAUCGUCGGCGUCGCCACCCGGAGGAGUCCCGCGAGACUCGGCUACCGUCGGAGAGCCAAUCCAUCCAACUGCUGCAACUAUACAAGAAGCUCGAGCUCGUCCUGCAGACCUGCUACUCUCAGCUCCCGCAACAGAAUCCCACUACCAGCCUCACAGCCCCAGAGAGAGGCCGCAUCCUGCGCGCACUAUGCCGUCUCCAAACUUACUGCAACAUCUUCGGUGCCCGCGAAUGGGUCGAACCGCAGCCGAGCAUGCAGGAUCGUGUUCUCGACCCAAGUCUCCUCAAACGCCGAUCGACUACCUGGCAUCGCCAGUUCACCAUCGAUGAGGUGUGGGACCUGUUCUUCCGGACCAUGCCCCCAUGGGAAGUCGAGGAAUUCGGGUGCGUCUGGACGCUCAUCCGGCAACAAUACGUCCAUCUGUUCUCCGCCAUUGCCAAAGACUUCCCCCGGAACAGUCCCCAAUGGCGCGCUCUGCGGCCAGCCAGCAUGCCCCUGGACCCCAGUGAGCUGUUCAACAACCCCGAGAACGAAUACAGCAUCGCCGACUACGAUGACUACUGCAACCCAUCUCGUCUCCCUCGGCCCGUGCUUCCUCGCCAAGGUCCUCCAGCAGCAGACCGAAGACGACCGCCGGCGCCUCUUGGCCUGCAACUCCAUCCCCGCAAAAUCCUCCUUCAUGGACCUGAUCCGCGUCGUGUCGCAGCCGUUGCCGCUCCUCCCCCCUGCGGAUCGCUAUGA